CUUUAUCAUUUACUCUCAAACUCCAGCCUAGUUUAGAAGCUCCAGCAUGGGGCUAAGAUUUGUUAUAGUUGCCCUGUGUUUAGGAACUUGGUGGUUUUCCUCUUCCUCUAGUAGCAUAGUUAAAAUCAGUCUAAAGAAGCGGCGUUUAGACUUGUACAGCGCUAAUGCUGCAAGGAUUACCAGCACUAGUACUAGUUCAGCUGCAGCUAGCUUGGGAUCCGAUGUUGUUUACUUAAAGAAUUAUCUAGAUACCCAAUACUACGGGGAGGUUUCCAUCGGAUCACCUCCCCAAACUUUCACUGUCGUCUUCGACACUGGCACCUCCAAUCUUUGGGUUCCUUCUUCAAAAUGCGUUUUCUCAAUUACAUGCUAUCUCCAUUCCAAGUUCAGGGCCAGGAUGUCCCGAACUUACACCAAGAUCGGUGUACCUUGCGACAUUGAUUAUGGUUCUGGAUCCAUUUCGGGCUUCUUCGGCCAAGAUUACAUCAAACUUGGCGACGCUACUGUUAGAGAUCAGGAGUUUGUUGAGGUUACAAAACAAGGAGUUUUACCCUUCGUUGGUACGCAGUUUGAUGGGAUACUUGGACUUGGGUUUCAGGAUAUUGCUGUUGGCCAAGCUACACCCGUGUGGUCUAAUAUGGUACGGCAGGGUCAGAUUAACCAGAAGCUUUUCUCACUCUGGCUAAAUCACGAUCCAACCGUGGGAAUGGGUGGUGAGAUUGUGUUUGGAGGUCUUGAUUGGAGGCAUUUCAGAGGUGAACAUACUUUUGUCCCAAUAACACAAAAGGGUUACUGGCAGAUUCAGGUGGGAGAUGUGCUUAUUGGCAACGGUUCAACAGGAAAAUGUAAACAUGGGUGUGCUGCCAUUGUGGACUCGGGGACUUCAUUUCUUGCUGGUCCAACUGCUAUUGUCACUCAAAUAAACCAUGCAAUCGGAGCACAAGGAAUCGCGAGCUUGGAAUGUAAAAGUGCUGUCACAAAAUAUGGCAAUUUGAUGUGGGAAUCUCUAGUAUCCGGGUUGCGCCCUGAAUUUGUAUGCGUUGAUGUUGGACUCUGCGUAUAUAACAAUGCUUCGAGGAGUGGCGUAAGUGGGAGUAAUUAUAAAACGGCGCCUUUAGAAGAGAAUGUGGUAUGCACUUUCUGUGAAAUGAUAGUGUUCUGGAUUCAAGUACAACUUAAGCAACAGAAAGCAAAGGAAAAAAUAUUCAAAUACGUGGAUGAGUUGUGCGAGAGGCUUCCAGAUCCGUUGGGGAAAGCAUUUGUAGACUGCAAUGACAUCUCAAGCAUGCCACAUAUUACAUUCAACAUUGGGAAUACUUCAUUUCCCCUGUCUCCACAUCAGUACGUAGUUAGAGUGGAGGAGAGGUAUGCUACAAUCUGCCUCAGCGGGUUUACUGCUUUAGAUGUGUCCUCUCCACUAGGUCCCCUGUGGGUUCUUGGAGACAUAUUCCUGGGAGCAUAUCAUACCGUAUUCGACUUUGGUAAUCUUCGUAUAGGCUUUGCAACAGCUGCCUAAUCUCAAUAAAUUAUCCAAACUUGACUUUUCAUCCAAGUAUUCUUUUUGUUAACAUUCAGAACACAUAUGUGUUACUUAUUCGUUGCCCUUUCCUGUAAUUCAGAUUGAGUACCUUUAGACACCCCAUAUAAA